AGCCAAAUUGGAGCAUGGAAGAAAAACUCUCCAUAAUGAACUCCAGAUUUAACAAACGUGUCCUCAUUGACAUGUUUGUAUGGAAUGAUGACCGGGAUUCCAGCAGACACAUAAUUUAUAUUGACCAGCCAAGUUUAGGAAUGCCAUCCAGGGAUUACUACUUUAAUGGGGGCAACUAUCAAAGAGUGAGAGAAGCUUACCUGCAGUUCAUGAUCACCGUUGCCAAAAUGAUCCGGGAAGACAAGAAUACGUCUAAAGAUGAUUCCUUUGUCCAAGAGGAAAUGACAAAGGUUAUGGAGCUUGAAACAGAGAUUGCAAAUGCAACUACCCCAGCAGAAGAAAGGCAUGAUGUAACCUUGUUGUACAACAAAAUGACCUUAAAAGAGCUACAGGAAAAGUUUGCAUUGAACGAAUUUAACUGGACCUUCUUCAUCCAAGGUGUCAUGUCUUCAGUAAGCGUUCAGGUUGACCCAGAAGAAGAGGUUGUUGUAUAUGGCGUGCCCUAUCUGCAAGAGCUGAAAGCAAUUAUCUCAAAGUACUCAGCAAGCACCAUCCAGAACUACCUCAUUUGGCGACUGGUAAUUGAUCGAGUCAGCAGCUUGAGUCGGCGUUUCAAGGAUGCUCGGGCCAGCUACAGGAAGGCACUUUAUGGGACGACGCUGGAAGAAGCCCGCUGGAGGGAGUGCGUGAGUUACGUCAACAACAACAUGGAGAAUGCAGUGGGAGCAAUGUAUGUCAGGGAGACAUUUGCUGGUGAGAGCAAGAGGAUGGUCCGAGAUUUAAUAGAUAAGAUUCGUGAAGUGUUCAUUGAGACUUUAGAUGAGUUACAGUGGAUGGAUGAGGCAUCUAAAGAGAAGGCUCGUGAGAAGGCAAUGGCAAUUAAAGAACAAAUUGGCUAUCCAGAUUAUAUUUUGGAAGAUCAGAAUGAAAAACUAGAUCAGGAAUAUGCCAAUUUAAACUUCAGUGAACACAAUUACUUUGAAAACAUUCUGGAAAACCUGAGAGCUGGAGCCCAAAAGAGCUUGAAAAAACUUCGAGAGAGAGUUGACCAAGAUAUAUGGAUAAUUGGAGCUGCAGUGGUCAAUGCAUUCUAUUCCCCCAAUCGGAACCAGAUAGUUUUUCCUGCUGGGAUUCUACAGCCCCCCUUCUUCAGCAAACACCAACCACAAGCCCUGAACUUUGGAGGGAUCGGGAUGGUUAUUGGGCAUGAAAUUACUCAUGGGUUUGAUGACAAUGGUAGGAAUUUUGAUAAAGAUGGAAAUAUGUUUGACUGGUGGAGCAAUUUCUCAGCUAUGCAUUUCAAGGAGCAGUCUCGUUGCAUGGUUUAUCAGUAUGGGAACUACACGUGGGAGCUGGCUGGAGGACAAAAUGUCAGUGGAAUAAGCACGUUAGGAGAAAAUAUUGCAGAUAAUGGAGGAGUCCGGCAGGCUUAUAAGGCCUACUUAAAAUGGCUGGAACGGGAAGGGAAGGAGCCAAAGUUGCCUGGACUGAAUCUGUCCCACAAACAGCUUUUCUUCCUCAACUUUGCCCAGGUUUGGUGUGGUUCCUACAGACCAGAAUAUGCUAGCCAGUCAAUAAAGACAGAUGUUCACAGCCCUCUGAAAUACAGGGUGAUGGGAUCUUUGCAGAACUUCGAAGCAUUCUCAGAGGCGUUCCACUGUAAAAAAGGCACAGCCAUGCAUCCCGCAGAGAAAUGCAGAGUGUGGUAA